AUGGGGUAUUUCAAAGCUGCCAAAGUUGUGGAAGGUGGGAAGAAGCUCCUGGGGACAGGCAACCGGUGCUCCCUGCUGGAAAAGACUUGGUCAUCGCCGCAAGCUUCUGGUGAAGCCCCGCUGAAGCUGACGCCAGAGGUCCUCGAGAAACUGAGGCACAAGGUCCUGCAGGCCAGCUUCAUGAUGGCAGACAGGGAUCGUGACGAUCAGCUGUUGAAAGCAGAGUUUACCUUAAUGAUCCGCAGGGCAUACUUUGGCAUCGACCAGUCCCGGGUCGACGAGGCCUACAUCGAUGCUUGUUGUGACGGAUAUGGAGUUGUCACCUUCCAAGGCUUUGUGGCAUGGCUGUGCCGAUGCCAGAAGGAGGUCAAAACGCUAGCCGAUCUCCCCGGAACCUGCAAUCAGGCGGCCGAGGAGAACAUCGUCCCGACAAAGGCGGUGUGGCGCCUGUGGAACAUGGACGGCGAUGAGAAAUUGAGCAACGCAGAGUUCGAGUACUGCAUGAAGAAGGCAUUCCCGGAUAUUAAGAACAAAAAGCUGCUGCAAAUCUUGCAAACUAUGGAUGAGGACCUCAGUGGCGAAGUGGCUGAAGAUGAGUUUGUGCGCUUCCUUUUGCCACCAGCGAAGGCAGACCCCAAAGAUACCAUUAGUCAACAAGCCCUAGGCGGCUGA